AUGGGGAUACUUAUGAUUGAUAAGCCCAAAACGCCUGAAUUGGUUAAUCUAUGCAUUGAAAUCCAAUAUUUAAUAUUGAAGAUUGUUAAAGCUACAAAUUGGAAAAAUAAAACAUCAGAUGUUUUAACAGAUGUUUUAAGAAUAGCGAAGAACCAUCAUGUAAAGUUAGAAGGGGAUUUUGUACAUAUUGUUAUACCAGUAUUGUUAUUGGAAGGUAUUGGUAGACAGAUGGGUCCUAAUAUGAAUUUAUUAAAAAGUUCUUUACCAAGUUUAAGAAAAUUGGAGCUCAGAAAGCUAGUAAAAGAGAGAUUGAGGGCACAACAACCUAAUUAUAAUAAUAUUUCUCAAGGUCUUAACCUGGAUAGCCGGUCUGUUUGUAGAUCAUUAAAUUCAAGAAUUACUGAUCCAACUACAAAUAUUGAAGUGCCUCCCAACUUACUGAACCAACUUCCAACAAGUUUUCCCUCUAACAUAUCUCAACUACGAGGACUAACCGCUCAAAACUUAAACAAUUUGUUGAAUUUUUAUGGCUUACCAACUACUGGAAGAAUGGAUACAAAACAAGGGCGGUUGGCUGAAUUUAUUGGGAUCAGUUUACUUUAA